AUGAGCCUAUCGCCCGAGCUGCACAUUGCGCUUCAGCGCAUAACUGCUUGCAAUAAAAGCGAGCGCUUGCUGAUGGUGGUACGUGACGACCUGAUCAAAAGUUUGCAAGCCGGACAGACCGCAGUGGCUUAUGCCCACGAAGCGUGGAUGCAGCUUGAGCAGUUGGGUGCGGACGUGAUGUCCAUCGGGAGGUUGGUCGGUUUGGUUGACAGGGACAAGUUGCACAAGGCUUUCAAGGACUCCAAGCUGCUGAUGCGUGACAGGGUACAAUCUGACGUCGUUGCUGAGUUGAUGGCGAACAACUACAGCUGGGAGAAGUUCGCCAGGAAUGUGUGCGGCAAUUUCGAAGACGACGACAUGCAGCUUGUCCUCAUGAACCUAGGCCGUCUGGUGGAUCUCAGCGAGCAGAAUUUCUACCCGAGCUUGAUGGAAGUGCCCGGCAUCGUCAACGAUGCUCUUUCGAAGACACGACCAGGAUCCCAAGCGCAGUUGCCAGGCGGCACGACCCGCAACAUUCCAAAGGUGACGUCUGAUGCCAUUUCCCUGCAGGCGUCCUUAGCCGAACUUGGACGUGUUCUUGCCUACCCCGACUUCGUGGACCCAGUGUAUGAAGCCCUGAAGCUGAGCAACGAAGCGAGCCUCGUGUCCAUCCAGCACUCAGUUGCAGCCUGGGCACGUCUGCGCAAUGACGUCGAGGGAAGUGGGGUACUUUCGUGUGAUGACGGGACCCGGAAGUUCCGCAAGCUCGAUUCCCUCCUUCAAGAAGAGGUCCUGUGUACGUGCUAUGCAUUCCUCGGCAAGGACGGUGUUGCGGACUUUGGGAUGGUUGAUCAGCUCAUUCGUGAGCAAUGCGAGUCGAAGAAAAACAUGCCGCCGCUGAGCAUUGAGGCCUUGCUCACGAAGCUGCACACGACACAUUCGCACUUGCAGAAGGCAGUCCUCACAGAGUUGACAUGCUCAGAAAAUGUUUGGAAACGUACCCUGACGAGGAUUGCCCAGCUUCUGCGCAAACCGAAUAGUUGA